UCGGCUGCCAGGCGAGCCGACGCGGGGUCGCGGAGCGAGCAGCGCCCGGGCUCUCGCCGAGCCGCUCCUGACAGAAUAACGUGCGUGGUUGUCCCCACCCCUGGGAGGGGUUGCCGGUGCCGCGAGCUGCCGCCCAGUUUCCAGCGCGCUCUCCUGGGAGGAUCCGCCACCGGAGGAAGGAGUAGAAUAAACCUGGCCGAGGCGCAGAAGUGGCUCCCCGGGAAGCCAGCGCCGGGGCCGCCGCCUCGUGUCCCCUCGGGGCGCAGCGCUCGGGGGUCGGCGGGCCGGAGCCGAGGCGCGGCCGGGGGCCCGGGGGCGGCGGGGCCGAGCGCGCGGCGACCCAGGGGCCGGCCGGGCGGACCCCCGCGCCCCGGGACGCGGGCUGGAAGCGACGGAGGACAGCUGCCGGGGGCUGCGGGCGAGCACCGUCCCUCUCGAACGGGGGUUCUGCUAUGACAGUUGGCCUCCGCAAGGGGUUAACCUGGGUGUCCUCGGCAAAGUUGUCGCCGAGCCGGGAGCCCGUUUAGGGGCCGCGGCGCCGCGGCUCGGGGGGCUGCCGGGCGGCGGGCGGCGGCCGUGGCUCGGCGGGGCCCGCGCGGCCGGGGGGCUCCUGGGGGUGUGCGCCCCCAGCCGGCUGCCCUCGUGGAUGCCUCCCGGCGGCGGCGGGCCCAUGAAAGACUGCGAGUACAGCCAGAUCAGCACCCACAGCUCCUCCCCCAUGGAGUCGCCCCACAAGAAGAAGAAAAUCGCGGCCCGGAGGAAAUGGGAGGUGUUCCCGGGACGAAACAAGUUCUUCUGCAACGGGAGGAUCAUGAUGGCCCGGCAGACGGGCGUCUUCUACCUGACGCUCAUCCUCAUCCUGGUCACCAGCGGGCUCUUCUUCGCCUUCGACUGCCCGUACCUAGCAGUGAAAAUCACCCCCGCCAUCCCCGUGGUCGGUGGCAUCCUGUUCUUCUUCGUGAUGGGGACCCUGCUUCGCACCAGCUUCAGCGACCCUGGAGUCCUCCCUCGAGCCACACCUGAUGAAGCCGCCGACCUGGAAAGGCAAAUAGAUAUCGCAAAUGGCACCAGUUCUGGGGGGUACCGCCCACCUCCCAGAACCAAAGAAGUCAUCAUCAAUGGCCAGACCGUGAAACUGAAAUACUGUUUCACCUGCAAGAUUUUCCGACCCCCUCGUGCCUCUCACUGCAGCCUUUGCGAUAACUGCGUAGAACGGUUUGAUCACCACUGUCCCUGGGUAGGCAACUGUGUGGGGAAAAGAAACUACAGAUUUUUUUAUAUGUUUAUUUUAUCUCUGUCUUUUCUGACAGUCUUUAUAUUUGCAUUCGUUAUCACCCACGUCAUUCUUCGUUCACAGCAAACAGGAUUCCUAAAUGCACUUAAGGACAGUCCUGCGAGCGUGCUGGAGGCCGUGGUGUGCUUCUUCUCCGUCUGGUCCAUCGUUGGCCUCUCCGGCUUCCACACCUACUUGAUCAGCUCCAACCAGACGACCAAUGAAGACAUUAAAGGAUCUUGGUCAAAUAAAAGAGGUAAAGAAAAUUACAAUCCCUACAGCUAUGGAAAUAUCUUCACAAACUGCUGCGUGGCCCUGUGCGGGCCCAUCUCUCCGAGCCUCAUUGACAGAAGAGGGUACAUCCAGCCCGACACCCCGCAGCCGGCAGCGCCUUCCAACGGCAUCACCAUGUACGGGGCCACGCAGUCACAGAGCGACAUGUGUGACCAAGACCAGUGCAUUCAGAGCACCAAAUUCGUUUUGCAGGCCGCGGCCACGCCCCUGCUGCAGAGCGAGCCCAGCCUCACCAGCGACGAGCUGCACCUGCCCGGCAAGCCCGGCCUGGGCACGCCCUGUGCCAGCCUGACGCUGGGCCCGCCCACGCCGCCCUCCUCCAUGCCCAACCUGGCCGCCGAGGCCGCGCUGGCCGACGUCCUGCCCCGCAAGGAGGACCUCGUGGCGCACCAGUUCCUGACCCCGGAUGAGGCGCCUUCGCCGCCCGGGCUGCUGGCGGCGGGCAGCCCCCUGGCACACAGCCGCACGGUGCACGUGCUGGGCCUGGCCAGCCAGGACUCGCUGCACGAGGACUCCGUGCGCGGCCUGGUGAAGCUCAGCUCCGUGUGACCUGCCUGGGCCUGGGCUGGGGGCAGCGCCCUUCUCCCCACCGAGUGCCGCAGACCAGGUGACGACAGCCCCGGGGCCGAGGUGACAGCCCCGGGUCCAGGGUGCAGAGAGCCCUCGGAGAGUGGACGGAGCCCCCGCUGAUGGCAGAGGGCGGCGGGACCCAGAUGCUUAGCGCUUGGUUUUAUUCGGAUUUUCUUCCCCACCCUGAGCGCUUUGACAGAGAUGAAAACAGAGAAGCAGCUUUUUUCACAUGCUCCGAACCUCAAGGGAGGGCCUGGGCACGGGGCAGCCUCCAGGCCUGGCAUCGGAGCCGGGGAAGAGCAGACGCUGCCUGGGCGUUACACGGCCGUCUGCUGGCCUUGUGACAGACACGGGGAGGUGGCCGGACUGAAAUCGCACUUAAGUGUUAUGCUACUAAUAUUUGAAAUAGACACGCCAUUCCAUUUGUUAAUCAAAACAACAAAAAAACCUGACGGGGAAAAGCGAGCAGGUGUGGAUCUGCAUGCCACACUGCCGUCUGUGCUCCAGUGAUGUUGGUAUUCCAAAGGAAGUGCUGCUCUCUCUCUCUUUCCUUUCUUUUUUUGAUUUUGUGAGUUUUCCUGUGCUGUUCUGUUGGAAGACAGUACAACAAGCCGAGACUGAUGGACAGUGUCGCCACUCGUCUGCCUCUGGGCUGAGGCGACUGUGGGCAGGUGGCUGGGCUGCAGGGGGUGGCCGGGGUCCAACCAGGGUCACUCACCUCUGUGCAGCAGGUAGAUGAGGCUGUGUGUUGUGCGGCCCCACCAGAGACUUCACCUCCUUGUGUGAUGGAACUUCCCGUGGACAGCCAAUAAAAUGACGUCCUCCGUUGUUUUGGGUCUGUGUACAGUUAUCCUUAAAACACAGUCAUCUGGAGGGUCCAGGAGAGUUUGUUUUUACUGAAGUAUCCCUAGCAAGAAAUGGUCCCAGAACAACCCAAAAUCAAAUUUUUGAAUUGGGAGAUAGGUAUAGGAUGAUUUUCUAGACAAGAGACUAGCUUUCCAUCAGGUUCUUUUGUUCUUUAAUCAUCUCUUUCUGACACAGUCUUGCAGAAUUUGCUGUACAUUUGCAGACGGCCAUGUAGUAGUUAAUCUGUGGUCAGUGCAAGGGAGGGGGUGUCCAGGGAGAAGGGGUGCUGCCUGGCCGUCCUCUGGGCUCCACGAUGUGUUAAUGUGUCACCAAACAUGUAAGCAAAACUUGAGGUCUUAGUAAAGGUGUUAAAAAACGAGGAGGAGAAACCAGCCUAAAGUUUGGGCUGAGAUCAUGUAGACUGUCAUUCUUACAUGGAUGCUAAUCAGAAUGGAAUUAAUAAAAUUGUCACCUCAUUUACUUUCAUUUAUCACCUAGGAAGGACCUGGCUUUGUACUUAGGAAGUAAGACACUUUGGAGGUACCUGCAGGGUACUCAGCAACUUCUCUCCUGGCUUCUUUGCAGGUGAUAAAUCUAACAGCCAAAUCUACUCAAGUUCAAAAUCAUGCUCUUAUUCCUUAUGACCGUAUGAAAGACAAGAUGCAUUGAUCAUUGAUACAAGAAACCCCAAAUGACUUGCAUUUAUGGAAAAAGGCUGUCUCUCCUGGGAAGGAAUUGCCAUUUUAUAUAAAAGGAAAAGAAAGAAGAAAAGAAAAAGAAAAAAAAGCAGUUUUCAAGUCUUAUUUGGAACAAAGGCAAUUCACAGAUCAAAAAAUAAUUUAUGCUGCAAAAACCUGCAGAAUUCUUGCAUUAUGAUAUAUUUGAGCUAUGUUUAUUUUCCAUACUGCAUGCAUGUAUAGAAAAUGGAAAAGGUAAACCAUGUGUAGUCAUGUUUUAUUUUCAGGACCACCUAACCGCUUAUGUCCACUUGUAAGUUAUAAUGAGCGGGACACACCCAGGCACGCUCGCCGUCACCAACACACAGGGAUUCUCCUUGCACUCGCUGCCUGUGAGCACAAAGUGACAGCCCCACAAAGGAGCUUCCACAGCCUCCCACAUUGUCUCUGCCCCUUGCCUCCCCACAUUCUCUCCCCAGACGCCCCAGGAGGGAGUAUCCCUGAUGGGAAGGGUGCUCAGAGGGUGGCCGUGAGCCUGGCUCAGCAUGUGUGGCCCGGUCCACUCCCAGUUUCCUCUGCUAGAAGACAGAGACAAUGGUCUGUAGAGCCCUUUCAUGCCCAACAUUUCCUAAUUCUAUGGUUGCUGAUUUCCUAUGACCAGCCCUUCUUCCCGCCUCAUUAUGGAAAAACCCAAGAAGCGAGGGUCAUUAUUCACGUGCCCUCACACAAUGACUAUUUACUCAAUAUUUAUUAUCAAUUCCCUCGGCCCUGUCUCUGUGGCUAUGUGGCAUCAUGUAUCGAAGCGAGGAUUGGGGAUUUGGUGACACAAAUCAAGGCUAUUCAGGGUCAAGAGGGAGAUUAACUUGAACAGGCCAAUUUGCUGAGACAAUGUUUUAUUAAUUGUCUUGAAACCGGAGAGAUGCCCAUGGCCCUGUCCGUGCUCCCAGGGGCUCCCCGCUCUGUGGGGCUGGAGGGCCAGGCUGGGGUGACUUGCUCAGGGAGGCGAUGGCUCUGCCUCUCCCAUCGCAGAUAGGCACGUACACAGGUGGCGAGUGGCUCCAGCCAGCCUCGGCUGAGUAGACCUUGAUGUUUCUAAGUUCUUUCCGUGUGUUGCCCAUUGACUGCAUGCUAGCUAUAAAAAAUAAGAUAAAUAUUUUACCAUGCUAUUAAAGCUUGGGCCAUCAUCACACACACAAGCACACACACUCGCACACUCACUCUGUUGUUUAAGAAUUCAUCGGCUCCCAUUUUCCCAGGAGCGCGCCAGGGGACCGCGGGCUUCCCGGCGCUGGGCACUGGAAGGCUGAGCUUAGCCUGAGUGCCCUGGUCCCUGGGCUGGGGGGACGGAGCAGGUGGGUGGCAGACAGACUGCGUCUGGGAGCGCCGAUGACACGUCACUCUGUGCCUGCGCGUGUACAUAACAUGUCAUGUUUUCAGAAAUAUGUAUGCCAGCAUCUGGGCGGUGCCCAGGAGAGAGGUGCUCACGCCACCUCUCCAAUGUGGUUGUUCCAGCCUGUGAGAAGGGGGCCAACCACGUAGCUGUUCUGGCCCAUAACAGCCCAAAGGAGGAGGCUUUCCGCCGCACCCCUGCGUGCGCUGCGGCCUUCACCUCUUGUGUCUCAGGUUGCUGACUCGGCUCCCAAAGGAGAGGAAAACCCCCCUUUUAGGGGCCUUGUUCCUGCCGAGACCUGACGGGUCGGCCCUCUGGUGCUGUGAAAGCCCCCGGGCCCAGGGCUUCUCAUCUGAUUCAACAGCAAGAAAAAUGAAUUGGCCAAAAUCAGCAGUGGGUGCCCUUGGCCCCGGGGCUUGUGAUGGCAUCUCCUGGAACGUGCUAGAACCUGAGGCACUCAGAGGCUGCGAAGGGCACACCCUGGCGGGCCGCUCCUGAGGGUCUCGGGCCUCUCUGCCCACCCCGGCAAAGGCUUCUCUGUAACUUCACCGCCCCGGUCCGCGCUCAGCAGCAAGCCGUCCGGUUCGUGCCAGGAACCCACUGUUCUCACCCUCGGCUUGGGGCUUUUGAAGUUCGUUGGAAGGUAUCCUUAAUAUUACCUUUGAAUAUUUAAAGGAUUUAGUAGGAAUCUUUCCAGCAGUAGUUGUCCUUCGUUCCCCCCCAAGAGUACACUGUUGAGCCCACUUCGCUGUUGACCAGGUAACAAAGAAUCAAGGGGAGCAAAUGUGAAAUAUACCUUCUAGUUAAUGCCUUACAACUGUCUGAAAGCUGAGCCUAAAUCAAAUCAAUGUUUACAUUUUUUAUUAAAUCCGUAUGGGGUUGGGAGUCUAGCAUAUUCUUGUCCAAAUGAGUGAGACCUUCAAAUAAGUUCACCUUCCCCCCCUACACCCCACCCCCGGUCCCUCUGCCGGCUCUGGAGGGCUGUGUGCCCCAUCCUGUGCUGUUCCGAGGAACCUCACAAGAAAGAAAAACUGCCUCCCUCUCCCUCUCAUGAGAAUAAGUUAUUGAAAUAGUAAGUGAUCUCAAGUGUCAUUUUCUUUCAGAUAAAUGUCAAAAAUGCUAAUAAUUUUGUAAAUCAGUUCAUCCUCUGUCCGUUUGCCCAUUGUGCCUGGUCUUGAUGAUGCAGCCGAGAAGGAUUUUCAACAUCUAGGUGGUUAGCACGUUAAUCCGGCCAUAAAAAAUAAUUGGGAGACUGAAGAGUAGAUUGUUUCUGCCACGAAACUAGAUAAAUGGCUUCAACUGGAAUUAUUUUUCAAUCUCAUAAACCCCAGGAAUUACAUACAGAGUGGAUCGGGAAGCAGCUGAGCAUCUGGUGCUACUGCAGAGACUUCCUGUCGGUUGUAGAAUUUUUAAAGGAAGCUUGGUAUGGAUGGUGAGGAUAGGAAUGAACAGCUCUUAAUUGCCCUCGAUAUUUUAAGAUAUGUAAACCAAUAGGCCACAUGGCAUGUCCAAGGAGACAUGUUUUCUGGGUUCUGCAUGAACAGAGAUGGUUUUAGCAUACAGUGAAAAAAAAAAAAAAAGGUU